UACAGUGAUUGGAAAGUACAGCCUUCGCCACGACAUAGUUCUGAGAGACACGCUGAACAGGAAGUUCUCGGUGGCGUUCUCCAUCAUCGGCAUGUUCUCCUCUCACGCCGUCAGCACCCUCAGCAUCUUCUUCUGCGCCGAAAUCACUCCAACUGUCAUCAGAGGCGGGGGGUUGGGCCUGGUGCUGGCCAGCGCCGGCUUCGGCAUGCUUACCGCCCCCAUCAUGGAGCUCCACAACCAGAAGGGCUAUUUCCUGCACCACGUGAUCUUCGCCUGCUGCACGCUGCUGUGCAUCAUCUGCCUGCUGCUGCUGCCCGAGCCGCGGGGCCAGCCGCUGCCCGAGAGCAUCGCCGACGGGGAGACCUUCACCCGCCGGACCCUCCUCCACCCGGGCGAGCAGCACCUCCUGCUGGCCAAGACUGACAGGGACUACUCCCGCGUCCACGACACGCCGCUGCACCUCACGGCCACCGGGGGCGCCACAGUGGCCGCGGCCACCGCUCUGGCAGCGGUGCCCGCCUCCUACGCGCUCGCCACCGGAGGGGAGGUGAUCGGAAACUGCGCCAUAGCCAACGGGGUGUGAAGGCCGUGGCGUCGGUGCGAGUCCUGACUGAACUGACCGGUCAUUAAACAUGUGAGGAAAAUCCUUCAAAGGGAAAAACAAUGAACUCUUGUAACGGUCCGAGGUGGUGAUAGUGAGUCUGUGUAAUUUGUAGUGACGAUGAUUCAUUCAGGAGUUGCCAAAAAAUUACCGUACUAGACAACAAUUAUCUGAGGUCGGUGUGUGUUUCAUAAUCUCUUCAGUGGUGUUGGUGAUUUUCUCGUUGCCGUCUGAGACGGACGUGGCCGAGAGAAGAGGCAAAACGUGGACUAACUUUGAAUAACGUGUGCGACGUGGGGUUUCUCUUUGUAGUUUGGACUUUUUGAAACUGGAUUUCACCGGAUUCUUUAUGAGUUGUUUUGCACUAAAUGUCAGAGACACAAUCAAAGUGUUCAGUGAUUUUUUUCAGCCAACACAUCGGAAAUCCAGGGACCGGCUAAACCACUACCACUCUUUUUAUUGCAUGAAAGGGCACAAACGGUUUGUUUCUUCUUCGUCUGUGGUCUCUCUAUUCGAAGUCCAAUGUGGCACUUUACCCUCAGAGGGGAGGACAGUGUAGACCUUGAUUUUUUUUCCAUUUAACCCUUAGAUGCAUAAGUGAUGGCACCCGACACUCGUC